AUGGCUCUCGUCGGAAAGAAGCCCUACCCCAAGGCAACCAUAAAGAAAAUCAUCAAAGCGCACUCGAACCUGAAUAUCAAGAAGAAUGCUGAUGUCACGAUCUAUCUCAACUAUGUCCUCUUUAUGGAGUCUCUUGUCAAGGAAGCCGCCAUCCACUCAAAGCAGUCUGGCGAGCGUGGCCUAGCAGCUAGGAGCGUAAAGAAGGUCACGAGGGAUACUCUGGGUAAAUUCAAGGGUUGA